UAUAGCCCAGGCUGGAGUGCGGUGGCAGCAUCUCACAGCUUACCACGGCCUCUACUUCCUGGGCUCAAGUGAUCUUCCCACCUCAGCCUGAGACUAUAGGUGCGGACUACCAUGCCUGGAUAAUUUUUUAAGUUUUUUUGUAGAGAUGGGGUCUCUUCAGGUUGCCCAGGCUGGUCUCGAACUCCUGGGCACAAAGGACCUGCCUGCCUUGGCCUUCAAAGUGCUGGGAUUACAGAUGUGAGACACCACUCCUGGCCCCUUGUUGAUUUUCAUUCAUUGUUUUCAGUUGUGCUUUAGUAUGUAGCUCGUAUUCAACUUGGACUUACAAAAAGUACUUGCAGCCUCGUUUUUGGUCAGGGAUUUACUUACCUGCUGUAAAGGGACUUUAAGAAAGAAAAACUGUUCUGUGGCCCUUCUUUCACCCUGUAUUAUUGGGAUAGAAGAAGAGGCCAAGAAGGAGUACUGUGGAGCAGUAAAUCAUCACUGUCGUUUUUAAGGUUCAUAACAAUUGGUUACCUCUCAGGAGUGGGAUUUUAGGAGACAAGGAAGUAUUGGGACUUUUUACUUUUAUAUUUUUGUAUUUAUUUCAAGAAGCACCUAUUACUUAGUAAUGGGGGAAAGGGAUGAAACCAAAAAAGAGUCUUGAGUACUUAGGUUAGAGACAAGAUACCAGUCUACUUUCUGGUAGUGAGGAGAGGGUAAUUACCAGCUCAAGUUUUACCAGAUUCCUGUUUUGGAGUUUUCUUAGAGAACAUUCCUUCUUACUGCAGGAUCAAGUACAUGCUCUGUUUUUCUCUGUGUCUUUGUCUGUCUCUGACAUGGACACGUGCACACACACAUACACACACGCACAUACUCUUCCUCUGGACCCUUCUUUUGGGACAGAGAUGCUUAGUUGAGUGGAUAUAAACUGUAACAAAAGGCAGUAUAACUUAACCUGUCAGUGUCUCAAUUUCUCUAUUUUUAAAAUCAGGACUAUAUGUUAAUACAGAAAUGCAGUCUAGUAUAAAAUACAUCUAUAUGUGAGUAUGUGUAUAUACAUUUGUAUGUAUGUGUAUAUAUAUAUAUAUACAUGUACAUGUAUAUACACAAUGUGAGAGAUUGAUUUUAAAAAUAGCAGAUUGUCACAAGUUUGAGGCUAGAGGAAGAGGAACUUGGUUAGUUGUGUUACUACUAUAUUAGCAUAAAGAAAUUAGGCAUGGAAGUAUAUGUAAUCUUAUUAUACUUAGCAGGAACUUCGUACCCCAGGAAGAAAGCUAGAAGGGGGCUUAUUACAUUAUAUAUGCUAAUAUUUAUUGAGCACUUAUAUUUUAGCAUACAUAUAUGUUCACAUUUAUUGAAUGCUUUCUAAGUGACAGAUUUAGUUCAAAACUAUUCGUAUAAACUUAUUUUACUUUAACAACUCUAUAAGGUAUGUACUUUUAUUAUCUCCAUUUUCUAUAUAAGGAAGCUAAAAUAGAGAUUAAAGAACUUGACCAAACUUUACACAACUUAUCGACCUAUGUAUGUUUUUGAUGAAAGAAAAAUUAGUUGUCAGAUUUUUUUAUUAGUAAGAAUAAAAUUGAAAUUUAAAUUAUUUUCAUUUUUUAAGGUCAUGGCAGUAGAGAGAAGCAGAAACCCUAUGCUUUAGUAACUCUGAUGCAAGCCAUAUCUCCUUACAUGAAUUAUUUGGUCUCAGAGUAUUUGAAUUCUUUGCUGUAAGGGUUGCAACAAAAGUGUUUAAAAAGACCAAUUAUAUUAAAAAAGAUUAGGUGAAGCAUUACUCUGACUUGGAAUGAUUCUAGAUUAGACCUGUCUUCUCUACCACAGGCUUAUAUAAUUGAACAUGUAUACCUAGAUUCAGGGACCUGACUUUCUAUACUUACUGUUGUCAGACAUUUGGGUGAAAUCUUCGGGAAGUGUGUGUCUGUGUUUAUGUGUGUAUGUGCAGUACAUAUAUAUCUAUAUGUGUAGAUAGAUGGAUAGAUAAUAUGACUCAGACAGAUAAAUAGUUUAGUGAAACUAUUUAGUGAAUAAAGUACAAAACAGACCGAUGUUUAUGGAAUGUGAUAACCAGAGAGGUAUUUUAAAUUAGUGGGAAACGUUUGAAUUAGUGAGAAAUUGGGACAUUUUCCUUUGGAAAAAAUUAGAUAUAUUAUAUAUCUAUAUAUAAUUCUAAAUGGAUUAAUGUUCUAAAUAUUAAUAUUUCAAAUCAUUAGAAAAAAAUGUAGGAAAUGGGUUUAUUGAAUUCAUGUGAGGGAAGGGUUAGAAAAAGAAAUUGGGCUGGUUUUGUGAUAGCUCAUUUAACUAACGUGUUCAUUUAACUGCCAAAAAAUUAUACUAUUUGGUUUUAAAGUAGGGAAUCAAACUGUGGAAUAAAUAAUGCAACAUAGUAUAGCCAACAAAAGUUAUAGCUAAAUAUGAUACAAAAUAUUGUCAAUGAAAAUAGUUAUGUUCUAUUUAUUAACCAUGUUAAAAUGGAUGUUUCAAGACAAGAUUCAGAAGUAAUUCCAGUGUUAUACAAUAUAGACUUCUUGAAUUUUUUCUUUUUUUUUUUUUUGAGAUGGGAGUCUCACUCUGUUGGCCAGGCUGGAGUGCAGUGACAUGAUCUCAGCUCACUGCAGCCUCCACCUCCCGGGUUCAAGUGAUUCUCGUGCCUCAGCCUCCUGAGUAGCUGGGAUCACAGGUGUGCACCACCAUGCCUGGCUAAUUUUUGUAUUUUUUAGUAGAAUUGGGGUUUCACCAUGUUGACCAGGCUGGUCUUGAUCUCCUGACCUCAGGUGAUCCACUCACCUCAGCCUCCCAAAGUGCUGGGAUUACAGGCGUGAGCCACUGUGCCCAGCCCAGACUUUUGAAUUCUUUUGCUUUCGAUACUUUCGAGUGCAUUAAAAAAACUAAUGAAAAGGAAUUAUUUAAGUGGAAUAUUUUAUCUUGGAGAAAUAAUUUCGUUGUCAUAAUGUUUAUUUUUAAUAAAAGGAACCUCUGCCUUAUCUAGUAUAAUAUGGAAAGUAUUAAUAGAAGAAAAGCUUUAACUGUUCUGUAUAAAUCAGCUUAUCAAAUGUAAUAUGAAAAGUAGCAGGUAAAAUCGCGAGUGAAUUAAAAUUUUUAGACUUCAGGAAGUUUUAAAUUUAAAACUAAGGUCAUGGCUCAGCAGCAGUUGAAUCUACUGUUAGAAAGCUCUUAGUGAAAAAACUCUUUUUCACCUUUUUGGUAACUGGUAUUAACCUUUUAAAAACCUGCAUUCUAGGCAUUUGAUUUUAUUAUGACUGUCGUCAAGGAAGAUUAAGACUUAAGGUAACUAAAAAAUUAUAUAAUGAAAAAAUGAUUCCUUGUCAUAAAUACAGGUGAUAUAACUAUCAUAUAAAGUGAUGUUGACUAACCAGAACUAGUAAUAUGUUCUAAUAUAUCACCCUUGGAUCCUUGGGAGCCCAUACUUCUACAGUAAUCAACAUUUAUUGAGUUUAUGAGUGUGUGUAUUUAAAGACACAGGGAGAGAGAGAAAACAUGUUUAUUAAAAUGAAACAUGACAAACUAAUAGGUCAGAUUGUGUUCUUUAUGUUCCCUAAAAUUUUUCUUCAUCAUAUUGAAUGUGAUUGAUCUCUUAAUUUGGGUAGUGACAUUCCUUGUUAUAUGUUUUAUGUGAUGUUUUGGAUUUACAUUUGUAAAUUUUGGGAAACAGGAUAGUAAGAAGAGUAGCAUAAUUAAAAGACAGGUGGUUGUGCUUUGAAAUGGGCUAUUCUUUAAGAAUGGUAUGAUCUUUAUAGUGGCUUUUGUAAUUUCUUCUUUUUCAAAGUUAUAAACAUUUAUUGUAAUAAAGAAUUUGAUGGAUUAUAGUGAAUUUACUUUUUUUCCAGAAAAUUUCCCUCUUGAGGACAGAAUUUUUUGUUAAGGGUCAAAAAUGACAGUUUGAGUCCAUAAAAGAUUGAAAUCUUUGAAGUGUGUUUUCUAGAACAGGAGUAAACAAACUUACCUAUUUUUACAUGGCUAAAAACAUCAAAAAAGAAUAAUUCUUUCAGGUGAUGGGUGCACCAAAAUCUCAGAAAUCACCACUAAAGAACUUAUUCAUGUAACCAAUCACUACCUGUUCCCCCAAAACCUGUUGAAAUAAAAACUAAAUAAUUCUUUGUGACAUGUGAAAUUUGAAUUUCAUUUUCUAUUUAUAAAUAAAGUCUUAUUGGAACACAGCUGCUUUUGCUUUAUAAUGGCAGAGCUGAGGAGUUUUGACAGAAACUGUAUAUGGCAUUCUCAUUACUUCAAGUUACUGUUUGGUGUACCACAAAUUUCAGUGCUGCCAUUAUUGCUUGACAGUGUUUUGAGUGCCACAUCUGUGACCAGAUUGCAAUUUUUUAUUUUAUUUAUUUAUUUAUUACCACUGUGUAUCCAUCAUGUCAAAAAAAGGAAAGAAGAGAAAAAUAUAGACGUGCUUUUAAGGCACAUUGGAGUGUGGGUUAUUUUGUUAUUGAAUUUAAUAGCAAAACAUUGCUCUUAUUAUGAAGUGACACUAGAGCUGCAAUAGAGGAAUACAGUAUACAUGAAAGUAACUAGACUAAUCAUAUACUACACUAUGUCCAACUCUCAGGAAAGCAAUAGAAAAAUUACAAAACUUAAAAAUGGAAUAUCUCAUCACAGCAUAAUUUCUUCAUAAAAAUGAAAAUGAGGCUGCCACCAAAAUAAGUUUCCAGGUGGCUUAUUUGUUUGCCAAGCAAGGAAAGCCAUUUGCUGAUGUUGAGUUAAUUAAAUUGUAUUUUAUUGAAGCAGUCAAAAAAAUUAUGUCCAGAGAAAAUAAACUUGUUUUAGGCUAUUAGCUUUUUGGCAAGCACAGUUGAUUUAAGAGUUGAGGACAUUUGAAGCAACAUCACUAGUCAAUUAAAAAACAAGGCAAAUGAUUUGGUGUGGUUUUUCUCGGCUCUUGAUGAGCCGGCAGAUGUUAUUGAUACAGUUCAGUUGUUCUUUAUUCAAGGAGUCAAUUCCAGGUUUGAAGUGGCAGAAAAGUUGGCCUCUGAAUAGUCUGUGCAGAACAACUACAGGCAAGAAUAUUUUCAAAGCUGAGAAAACACUAAGUACAAUCUGAAGUGGAAUCUGCUAGGAUGUGCUGCAAGCGGUGGUGAUAGAAUACAAACGGAGCAGAAAAAGGCUUAGUUGGACUAAUUUACAAAGCUUGUAAAACUGAGGAGUUCAUAGUUUAUGGUUAUUCGUUGUUAUUCAUUGGCACAUACCUUGCAGAAAAUAUUUCCAUCUAUCCAUGUGUGUUACUGAAUCAGUACUGUCAACUGUGAAGUCAGUUUGCUCUUUUGGACUUAACUAGCAUCAGCUGCAUUAAUUUUUGUUAGAAACAGAGGACAAAUAUCCUGACUGGCUUAGAAGUGGUAAAGUAUAUUUUCGCAAUUGUUUGAGCUAAAGGCUGAGAUUGAAAUUUUUUUAACAAAGAGAACUGCCCUCAACUGCUAUUAAAUACUAAUUAGCUUUGGAAAUUAGCUUUUUGUGAAGAUUGAGUAAUGUUUUUAAAAUGAAUUUAACCUAAGAUUUCAAGGCAAAAUAGUGCCUAUAUUUGAAAGAAUGUGGUAAAGUCAUUUCAGUGGCAACUGAUAUUCAAAUCCCAAAUAAUUUCAGGCUGCUUUAUAUAUUUCUCAAGCUGUCAAAGAAGUUAGAUCGUCAUUCCCACAUAAAUAUGAGUGGACGUAUUUUCUAGUCUCAAACUAUAGUUCCCACAGCAUUUUUCAGAAGUUGACACACAUGCACAGGAAGUUCCAUAUUUCAAAAAUUUGUUUAAUUUUGCAGUGGAGAAACUUUCUACCUAACCUUGAAUUGGAAGUAAUUAAUCUGCACUGUGAUGACAUACUGAAAGGCAAAUAUCAAAUGAAGAACCAAUGGAUAACUGCCUUCCCAGUAAUGAAUAUGCUCAAUUAAAAUCAUGCUUGUGGGUUAAUAUCAAUAUUCGGCAAUAUCUGUUUCUGUUAAAAGACAUUUUCAAAGACAAAUACAUACAGUCUCAUUACAGAUCAGUGUUUUUUUGUUUGUUUGUUUUUAAGCAAAAGUGCUCUCAUUCUGCGCCCAGGCUGGAGUACAGUGGCACAAUCAUGACUCACUGCAAGCCUGUAUCUGCUGGGCCCAAGCGCUUCUCCUACCUCAGCCUCCUGAGUAGCUGGGACCAUAGGUGCAUACCACCACACCUUAGGUUUUAUUUUUUUAAUUUUUGUAGAGACAGGGUCUCCCUAUGUUGCCCAGGCUGGUCUCGGACUCUUGGGCUCAAACAAUCCACCUGUCUUGGCCUCCCAAAGUGUUGUGAUUACAGACGUGAGCCACUGCGUUUAGCCCGCAGAUCAGUAUUAACAGAUGAGGCCAGGCGUGGUGGCUCAUGCCUGUAAUCCCAGCACUUUAGGAGGCACAGGUGGGCUGAUCACUUGAGAUCAGGAGUUCAAAAACAGCUUGGCCAACAUGGUGAAACCCUGUUUCUACUAAAAAAAAAAUUAUAAAAUUAGCCAGGCAUGGUGGCAUGUGCCUGUAAUCCCGGCUACUUGGGAGGCUGAGGUGGGAGAAUCUCUUGAACCUGGGCGGUGGAGGUUGUAGUGAGCCGAGAUCGUGCCACUGCACUCUAGGCUGGGCAACAGAGCAAGACUCCAUCUCAAAACAAAAUUUAACAGAUGAGUAUUUGUAAUAGAUUUUGAUGAUAGGAAACCCCAAUUAAGUGAGGUGCUAUCUUCUCAAAAAGAAUUUCAUUCUUUUCAUUAGCAAACUUUUAUUAAAAAAAGAAGUGUGUGUGUGCGUGUGUGUGUGUAUUUAUUUAUUUAUUUUAUCAUAUAGGGUCUUCUCUUGUCACCCAGGCUGGAGUGAAGUGGUGUGAUCUCGGCUCACUGCAACCUCUGCCUCCUGGGUUCAAGUGAUUCUUGUGCCUCAGCGUCAUAAGUAGCUGCGAUUACAGGCAUCUGCCACCACGCCUGGCUAAUUUUUGUAUUUUUAGUAGAGAUGGGGUUUCACCAUGUUGGCCAGGCUGGUCUUGAACUCCUGACCUCAAGUGAUCCACCCUCCUCAGUCUCCCAACGUGCUGGGAUUAUAGAUGUGAGCCACUGCACCUGGCCUAUUAUAAAAUAUUAUACUCAUUAUUGUAUCUUGGAUUUUGUCAAUAAAAAGUUUUUGGAAAUUGUUUCUGUAUCCAGCCUGGGCGACAGAGUGUCUCCAAAAAAAAAAAAAAAAAUUGUUUCUGGCUUGUUAUGUAAGUAUCUAUAUGAUUUUGCCUAUUGGCCAGCAAAGACUAAAAUAUUUGUGACUGGGCCCUUUACAGAAAAAAUUACAGAUCCGUGUUCUACAGAAGUACUUCUGAAACAUGAAUGUAUAUAGUAAUUACUGGGGAUCUUGUUAAGAUGCAUAUUCUGGUGUGGUCGGUUUGUGGAGGAACCCAUGAUUUUGCAUUUCUUAUAAGCAUCUUGGUGAUACAGUUGCUGCUGGGCUCAUGCACUGUAGUUUAAGUAGCAAGGCUCUACUGUUUAGGAUUAACAUUUGCUAAGCACCUAUUAUGUGCCAGGAAUUACACCAGGGGCUCUUGAGUAUAUUGCCUCUUUAAAAUAUCUUAUUAGGGCCGGGUGCGGUGGCUCACGCCUGUAAUCCCAGCACUUUGGGAGGCUGAGGUGUGUAAUUCACGAGGUCAAGAGAUCGAGACCAUCCUGGCCAACAUGGUGCAUCCUGGCCAACAUGGUGAAACCCCGUCUUUACUAAAAAUACAAAAAUUAGCUGGGUGUGGUGGUGAGCACCUGUAGUCCCAGCCACUUAGGAGUCUGAGGCAGGAGAAUCGCUUGAACCCAGGAGGUGGAGGUUGCAGUGAGCCAAGAUUGCAUCACUACACUCCAGCCUGGUGACAGAGUGAGACUCCGUCUCAAAAAACAAACAAACAAAACAAAAAGUAAUUAGAAGGUGUUAAGAAUUAAGGAGAGAUUGUGCUUUUAAGAGUUUUUGGUUAGAAACCCAUUUGUUCUUGGGUGCCUAAUUUCCUGUAAGACCUCAUGAAGAGAGUUGAGGUCCUAGAGGAAGCUAUAUAUCUGGGAAAAACAAUAGGAAACAAAAUAUAUUAUUAUUUUCUGAUCUAGGUCAAAGGAGGGCCCCAUGCCCUCAUCUUCCAUGGUAAAUUUCAGUGUGCCAUCAACCAGUUAUCAAGUCAAAGAGUAGGCAUAGUAUAUAGCACAUAUAUGCUUUAUAAAUGUUUUCUUCCAAUCUGUUGUUUACCUUUUCAUUUUGUAACCAUGUUCUUUUGAACUAGCACCAUUUUAAAUUUUUGAUGAAGUCCAAUUUAUUGAAUUAAGAACUUGUAAGUAUUAUUUGAGACAGGUUCUCGCUGUGUCACCCAGCCUGGAGUGCAGUGGUGCAAUCUUGGCUCACUGCAGCCUCGACUUCCUGGGCUCAAGCAGUCCUCCCACCUCAGCUCCUUAGUAGCUGGAACUACAGAUGCUCACUGCCACACCCAGCUAAUUUUUGUAUUUUUUGUAGAGACAGGGUUUUGCCAUGGUGCUCAGGCUGAUCUUGAACUCCUGGACUCAAGUGAUUCUCUUUGCCUUGGGCUCCCAAAGUGCUGGUAUUAUAGGCAGGCGCCAUGACACCUAAUGAUUUUUUUUUUAAAUUGUGGCAAAAUAUAAAAUUUACCAUGUUAACUAUUUUUAAAUGUAAAGUUCAGUGGUAUUAAGUACGUUCAUACUGUGCUACCAUCACCACUAUUCAUCUGUAGAAAUUUUCCGUCUUCCUCAGCUGAAACUCUGUACCCAUUAAAUACUAACUUCCCAUUCCACCACACCCCCAGCCCCUGGCAACCACCUUUUGUGACUGGCUUAUUUUACUUUGCAUAUCUUCAGAGAUCUCCCUGUUGUAGCAUGCACCCAUAUUUUCUUCAUUUUUCAGGCUGAAUAAUAUUCCAUUGUGUGUAGAUACCACAUUUUGUUUAUCCAUUCAUCUGUUGAUGGCCACUUGGAUUGCUUCUACCUUUAGGCUAAUGUGAAUAAUGCUGCUGUAAAUGUGUUUGUACAAAUACCUGUUUGAGCCAUUGCUUUCGCUUGUAUUGGUUAUAUACUCAGAAGUGAAAUUGCUGGAUCAUAUGGUAAUUCAGUGUUUCAUUUUUUGAGGAGCCGCUAUACUGUUUUGCACAGUGGCCGCACCAUUUUAUGUUCCCACCAGCGAUGCACAAGGAUUCCAAUUUCUCCACAUCCUCACUAGCACUUGUAUAUUUGGGGUUUUAGUUUUUGAUAACAGCCAUCCUAAUGGGUAUGAAGUGGUAUCUCACCGUGAUUUUGAUUUGCAUU